CGGAGAAGCAGAAGGUUGUGUUGUGGUCAGCAGUCCCCGCCUUCGCGCUCAUACAGUGUUGAUGGAGGAACAGAAACAAGAGCUGAGCUGUUGAAGACACAGAUUCGGAGACUGAGAUGUCCGAUUCAAGAACUGAUUUUCAGCAGAGAUCUGGAUAAAGCUUUGUUAAUGGAAAUGAUUGACAAGUCCUGCUCCUAAGGUCCGCCUUCCCACACUGCUCAAACAUACUUCCAUAAACAUCCAUUGGAGUAGUGUUAAGCUGCUGAAACAGCCUAAAUAUAAGAAUAUGGCUUCCAGAAGACAUUCCGGUACUCAGCAAAUAUCAUCUGGCACCCUGCACAUUAACUCAUCUCACAGACAAACAGAGAAAAACAGCAAGAAGAGACCUCACUACUGCUCAGAGUGUGGAAGGAGAUUUAAUCGUCAGAGUAAUCUCCAGCAACACCAGCGCAUUCACACGGGAGAAAAGCCCUAUCACUGUUCAGAGUGUAGGAAGAGUUUUACUGUACAAACUACUCUCCAAAUACACCAGCGCAUUCACACAGGAGAGAAGCCGUAUCACUGCUCAGAGUGUGGGAAGUGUUUUAAUCAUAGGAGUACUCUCCAACAGCACCAGCGCAUUCACACAGGAGAGAAGCCGUAUCACUGCUCAGAGUGUGGGAAGAAUUUUAGUCAGCAGAGUCAUCUCAAACAACACCAGCUCAUUCACAAAGAAAAGAAGCUAUUUGAGUGCUCAGAGUGUAGAAAGAGUUUUACUCUACAGAGUCAUCUCCAACAACACCAGCGCAUUCACACAGGAGAGAAGCCGUAUGACUGCUCAGAAUGUGGGAAAAGCUUUAAUCGACAGAGUACUCUCCGCGAACACCAGCGCAUUCACACAGGAUUUAAACCAUAUUACUGUUCGGAGUGUGGGAAGAGUUUUACUCAACAGAGUUCUCUCCAUCGACACCAGCGCAUUCACACAGGAGAGAAGCCGUAUCACUGCUCCGAGUGUGGGAAGAGUUUUACUCAGCUGUGUCAUCUCCAAGAACACCAGCGCAUUCACACAGGAGAGAAGCCGUAUCACUGCUCAGAGUGUGGGAAGAGUUUCAGUCAGCCGAGUUCUCUUCAUCAACACCAGCGCAUUCACACAGGAGAGAAGCCGUAUCAGUGCUUGGAGUGUAGGAAGAGUUUUAAUCAGCGUGGUUCUCUCCAACAACACCAGCGCAUCCACACAGGAGAGAAGCCGUAUUACUGCUCAGAGUGUGGGAAGAGUUUCAGCAGGCUGAGUCAUCUCGGUAUACACCAGCGCAUUCACACAGGAGAGAAGCCGUAUCACUGCUCAGAGUGUGGGAAGAGGUUUAGUCAGCAGAGUAAUUUCCAUCGACACCAGCUCAUUCACACAGGAGAGAAGCUUUAUCACUGCUCAGAAUGUGGGAGGAGUUUUAAUCAACACAGUAAUCUCAAAAAACACCAGCGCAUUCACACAGGAGAGAAGCCAUAUCACUGCUCAGAAUGUGGAAAGAGUUUUAAUCAUCAGAGUAAUCUCCAAAAACACCAGCGCAUUCACACAGGAGAGAAUCUGUAUUACUGCUCAGAGUGUGGGAAGAGUUUUAAUCAACAGAUUAAUCUCCAGAUACACCAGCGCAUUCACACAGGAGUUAAACCAUAUCACUGCUCAGAGUGUGGGAAGAAUUUUAAUCAUCAGAGUAAUCUCCAACAACAUCAGCGCACUCACAGAGAAGAGAAGCCGUAUCACUGCUCAGAGUGUGGGAAGAGUUUUAAUCGUCAUAAUAAUCUCAAGCAACAUCAGCGCAUUCACACAGCAGAGAAGCCGUAUCGCUGCUCAGAGUGUGGGAGGAGUUUUAAUCAUCAGAGUAAUCUCCAAAAACACCAGCGCAUUCACACAGCAGAGAAGCCGUAUCGCUGCUCAGAGUGUGGGAAGAGUUUUAAUCAUCAGAGUAAUCUCCAAAAACACCAGCGCAUUCACACAGGAGAGAAGCCGUAUUACUGCUCAGAGUGUGGGAAGAGUUUCAAGCAUUCAAGGACUGUGACAACACACAAGUGCACUAAGGGCAGUGGUAGAAGUGGGCAGCAAUGAAUGUAAUCUUAACACAUUUCGGGAGUAAAAGUCUGCAGGGAUUGGUGCUUCCAGCCCAGAUUUCAAAAAUCCAGAGAACUGUUUUCAGAGAGGAAAUCUAUCAUUUGUUGUUUUAUGUUGUUUCUAAUGCAUGAGCUUAAAAUGAAAAAGAAUUUCUUUACUAAUGUUCGUAAUAUGUUGAAAGCAGUCAAAAGGUUCCCCAUUGAAUAUGUUGUUUACUUUCUAAUUUCAUAUGUCUAAGUUAGUAUAGUGUUCCAGUUGCAAUGAUGAAUGUUUCGACAAAUAUUUGAUGUGCACUUCGCUCCUGAAGUCUAUCUCUUGCUACUUUGAUUCUUACACAUUGUUUAAUGAAAAUAGUGAAAAUACCACAUUGUCUUCCCUUUUAACCUUAAGGAGAUGUUGUCUGUAUGCUGUAUAAUCGGAGUGUUGUUGUUGAAGACUGCAACAGUUAAGUUUUUAAGCAUAAAGUUGCAUACAGGCCUGUCUACAACUCCACAACUAAAACAACUGUUUUCAGACACUUUGAGGACUGUUGAUGUUCUUUGUGUUGCUUAGAGAGUGAUUAUUUCCUUGAGAAGGGUGCUGCAAUAUGAGAUCUGCAAUCCUACCAGACGUGGUGGUGGCUGAUGGUACAGGAGUUGGAACUAGAUGAAAAGUGACCUUUUGGGGACCUUUGAGGCCUUGGGUCUGACUGAGAAUGACUAUUGCUUAUGUCUUUAGAAUGUGCAUGAGGG